AUGUCUUCAAAUACCGCAGCAUUGGCUGCUGCCGCCGCCCACAACCCUAAUCAAUCGUCAUCUUCAUCCCAAAAUAACAGCAGUAACAACUCUGUUGUUGGUCUCCAUUACAAGAUUGGUAAGAAGAUCGGUGAAGGUUCAUUUGGAGUGAUCUUCGAAGGUACCAACAUAAUAAACGGCGUACCAGUGGCCAUUAAAUUUGAACCAAGAAAGACAGAGGCACCCCAAUUACGAGACGAGUACAGAACUUACAAGCAUUUACAAGGAUCCAUUGGUAUUCCCAACGCUUACUAUUUUGGACAAGAAGGUUUACAUAACAUUUUAGUAAUUGAUCUUUUGGGUCCUUCAUUGGAAGAUUUGUUUGAUUGGUGUGGACGCAGGUUUUCAGUUAAAACUGUAGUUCAAAUCGCCAUCCAAAUGUUGACGUUAAUUGAAGAGGUUCACAGACAUGACUUAAUUUAUAGAGAUAUUAAACCGGAUAACUUUUUAAUUGGGAGACAAUCAUCCCCAGAUGAAAACAAUGUUCAUUUAGUUGAUUUUGGUAUGGCCAAGCAUUAUAGAGACCCAAGAACAAAGCAACAUAUUCCGUACAGGGAAAAGAAAUCGUUAAGUGGUACAGCACGUUAUAUGUCCAUAAACACUCAUUUAGGAAGAGAGCAACUGAGAAGAGAUGAUUUAGAAGCUCUUGGUCAUGUGUUUUUUUACUUUUUAAGAGGCCAAUUACCUUGGCAAGGGUUAAAGGCUCCAACCAACAAGCAAAAAUACGAAAAGAUUGGUGAUAAGAAGAGAACAACUCCAGCUGUAACUUUAUGUGAAGGCUUACCAAGACAAUUUGCUGAAUAUUUGGAUUCCGUAAGAUCAUUACCAUUUGAUGCAGAACCAGCUUAUGAAGAGUAUAGAAUGUUAUUUUUGUCAAUAUUGGACGACUUGGGAGAACGUUGUGAUGGUGAUUACGAUUGGUUGCAUUUGAACGGUGGUAAAGGAUGGGACUCCUCAAUUAACAAGAAACCUAAUUUACACGGGUAUGGACAUCCAAACCCACCUAAUGAAAGAGAAAGAAGACAUAGAGAUCAAAGAAGAUCAAGACAGCAACAACAACAACAAGCUCAGCAACAACAGGGCAUGUCGUCCACUGCUGGUAUUCCAGGUUCCGCAGUUGGUGGUGCAACUGGCAACUUGACUGCUGCUCAGUUGCACCAACAAAAAUUGCAGCAUCUUGUUAAUAGACCAUUACCCCCAAUCAAGCAAGAAUCUAGUAAUAACAAUAAUAAUCUUGGUGGAGCUAAUGACAUGUUGACCAAUGGUUCUGGAUUACACAACAGCAGACUGGUUCAAAACAUCAAUAAGUACGAUACAUCAGGAGCCAUGAUCAACAGAAACCAAGGAAGUUAUGAUCCCCAUCAACAAUUACAUCAACAACUGGCACAGCACCAAUCUCAACAACAACAACAAUAUCAAGUCCACCACCAACAACAAGCUGUUGACGAAAGCGAAAGCAAGGGAUUCUGGUCUAAAUUGUGUUGUCAAUAG